AUGGAGGUGUUCAUGAAGGGCUUGUCCAAGGCCAAGGAGGGGGUGGUCGCCGCCGCCGAGAAGACCAAGCAGGGGGUGGCCGAGGCCGCCGAGAAGACCAAGGAAGGCGUCCUCUAUGUCGGCAGUAAAACCCAAGGCGUGGUGCAAGGCGUCACCUCAGUUGCCGAGAAGGCGAAGGAGCAGGCGUCCCAGCUGGGCGAAGCGGCCUUCUCAGGCGCCGGCAACAUUGCGGCGGCCACCGGACUGGUGAAGAAGGAGGAGUUCCCUGCAGACCUGAAGCCUGAGGAGCUGGCCCAGGAGGCCGUGGAGGAGCCGCUGGUCGAGCCGCUGCUGGAGCCAGAGGGGGAGAACUAUGAGGAGCCCCCACAGGAGGAAUACCAGGAAUACGAGCCAGAGGCAUAAUGGACCCCCGUCCUCGCCUCUUCCACCAGCAGCACAAUGAACCGCCAG